UAAUGUAUAUUUUGAUAUUUUGGCCAUUGGACUUAAAGUCUUAAACCAAACAAGAAAAUUUUCACAUUCGGUUGCAAGUUAAAACUUUUGACGCUCUGUCCGAAACUUAUUUAGCCGUAGAGCUCUUCCUUCAGUUUAAUAUUCUAAAAGCCCUUAAGAUGAAGAGGGUUCACUUACUCCUUCACAGAACCUACUGCACAGUCAAUUCCAGUUACCAAAUCUCCCGUCUCUCAAAGGCCGGCCAAAUCAACGAAGCUCGCAAAUGCUUCGAUUCGCUACGCUUCAAGGCAAUCGGUUCCUGGAACUCCAUCGUCUCCGGGUACUUCUCAAACGGCAUGCCGAUAGAAGCGCGCCACCUGUUCGACGAAAUGCCCGAAAGAAACAUCGUUUCUUGGAACGGUUUGGUUUCAGGGUACAUCAAAAACGGGAUGAUUAAAGAGGCCAGGGAGGCGUUUGAGACGAUGCCGGAGAGGAACGUCGUCUCGUGGACGGCGAUGGUGAAAGGCUAUGUGCAAGAAGGGAUGGUUGGUGAAGCAGAGACGUUGUUUUGGAGGAUGCCUGAGAGGAAUGAGGUUUCUUGGACUGUGAUGUUUGGUGGGUUUAUUGAGGAUAAGCGUGUUGACGAUGCGCGUAGGUUGUAUGAUAUGAUGCCUGUGAAGGAUGUUGUAGCGAGUACUAACAUGAUUGGUGGGUUGUGUAAAGAAGGUAGAGUAGAUGAGGCGAGGGAGAUUUUCGACGGGAUGAGGGAUAGGAAUGUGAUUACUUGGACGAGUAUGGUUACAGGUUACUGUCAGAAUAACCGUGUGGAUGUUGCUAGGAAGCUGUUUGAAGUGAUGCCGGAGAAGACUGAGGUUUCUUGGACUUCAAUGCUUUUGGGAUAUACACUGAGUGGGAGGAUUGAAGAAGCUGAGGAGUUCUUUGAGGCAAUGCCGGUGAAACAGGUUAUCGCUUGUAAUGCGAUGAUUGUUGGGUUGGGAGAGAGAGGAGAGAUGGAGAAAGCGAGGAGGGUUUUUAAUUCAAUGAAGGAGAGAGAUGAUGCUACUUGGAAGGGAAUGAUCAAAGCUUACGAAAGAAAAGGUUUUGAAUUGGAAGCUCUUGAUUUGUUUGGUUUAAUGCAGAGACAAGGAGUCAGACCGAGCUUUCCUUCUUUGAUCAGUGUUCUUUCGGUCUGUGGAACCUUAGCAAGUCUCGAAUACGGUAGACAGGUCCAUGCUCACUUGGUUAGAUGUCGGUUUGAUGUUGAUGUGUACGUUGCCUCUGUUUUGAUGACCAUGUAUGUGAAAUGCGGCGAGCUUGUGAAAGCAAAGCUAGUAUUCGACAGGUUUCCUUCAAAGGAUAUUAUCAUGUGGAACUCAAUCAUUUCUGGUUAUGCGUCACACGGUUUAGGAGAAGAAGCUCUUAAGGUGUUCCAUGAGAUGCCAUCGUCUGGUACAAUGCCUAACAAAGUCACCAUAAUUGCAAUUCUGACAGCAUGUAGCUAUGCUGGAAAGGUGGAGGAAGGGGUUGAGAUAUUCGAAACGAUGGAGUCGAGGUUUGGCAUUACACCAAGUGUUGAGCAUUACUCUUGCACGGUGGAUAUGCUUGGGCGUGCAGGAAGGAUAGACGAAGCGAUGAAACUGAUAGAAAGUAUGACGGUAAAGCCAGACGCUACGGUUUGGGGAGCUCUGUUGGGAGCUUGUAGAACUCACUCGCGGCUUGAUUUAGCCGAAGUUGCUGCAAAGAAACUCUUUGAGAUUGAGCCAGAAAACGCUGGUCCAUACGUUUUGCUGUCUAGCAUCAACGCAUCUCGAGCUAAUUGGGGAGAUGUUGCAGAGCUGAGAAAGGACAUGAGGAAAAAGAAUGUAAGUAAGUUCCCUGGUUGCAGCUGGAUUGAAGUAGACAAGAAAGUGCACACUUUCUUCCGUGGAGAUAUAAGAAACCAUCCCGAGAAAGCUAUGAUAUCGAUGAUGUUGGAGAAAACAGAUGGGUUAUUGAGAGAAGCUGGUUAUAGUCCUGAUUGUAGCCAUGUGUUGCAUGAUGUAGACGAGGAAGAGAAGAUGGAUAACUUGAGAUUGCACAGUGAGAGACUCGCCGUUGCUUACGGACUCUUAAAGCUACCAGAAGGAGUUCCCAUUCGAGUCAUCAAAAACCUAAGAGUCUGUGGAGAUUGCCACGUGGUCAUCAAACUGAUUUCGAAAGUGACAGAGCGAGAGAUCAUUCUUAGAGAUGCAAACAGAUUCCAUCAUUUCAAGAACGGAGUGUGUUCUUGUAAAGAUUAUUGGUGAGACUCUGAUCAUCCGUACCCGGUUAGCUCAUACUCAAAACCGAGAAGGUUUCAAUUUGGUUUGGUUCAAGUUCUAUUGGUUUAGUUACGUCUAGAAUGUUGCAGGCAACUAUUCACGCAUAACAAUGCAAUGUACAGGCA